GUGAAGAUAACGUUUCCUCUGCUCAGGACUCCAUGGAUGCAGGCAUUGAUGAGGAGGUGCAGAAGACUGCAGUGGAGGAGGUGAUUCCUCCCGCAGUGCCUGAAGCAGGCGAAGCAGACGGCGGAGCCGAGGAAGCCCAGGCUCCCGCAGCCGAAGCGGAGCUGGCGAAGCUGGCAGAGGAUGCGGAGGAAGACAGGCCGGAAGAGGACGAACUGGAGGUCACACAGGUAGCAAGCGAUGUGAUGGCACAAGGUGCCCAAGCGGGUGAAAGAAAGAGCAGAAGGGCUUUCACGCAGCAGCAAAUGCGCGAGAUGAUCCGCAACCACGCAUUCUCAUCCGGGUUCCAGAGCUACAAGCAGUUCGCUGCCCGGCCCGUGCCGCAAGAUGAUGAUGACAUCAG